AUGCCCCUAUUGAAAAGAAAGCCUUUUCCCUUGGCUGAACUGCCUGAUGACUUGGAUCCAAAUGAGCUCGUAUACCAAGUUCGGUAUACAGGAGAGAUAUUUCGGGAUUAUGAUGAAUAUUUGAACCGUAUAAAUUUGUAUCGCCAAAGAAUUUGGAUGUGCAAGGUUUCUGGAAAGACUAACUUGACUUACGAAGAGGCUUUGCUAUCAGAAGAACAUGCAACAGAGAAGACUCAUAUGUUCCCUAAAGAGCUCAUGGCACCUGCUCUGCAGAUUAUUCAAUACAGUAUGCUUCCAUUGAAAGAUCUUGCUGACAUGAUAGCUGCAAAGUUGAAUGAGCGGUUAUGUGUCGGUGCUGAGUUGUAUGCAAAGAAGGAUGGUGGUACAUAUUCUUGCAAAAUAUCAAAGGUUCUCGAGGAUGGUACUGGAACAAUCAAGUAUGAGGUGGCCUGGCUGGACAGGAAUAAGGAAGUUACGGGGACUUCCAUCGUUAAUGAGGAAGAUCUGAUACAGAAGAAGCCUCAAUUUAGUAGAAAUUUUGUGAAAUUGUUUAUUCGGGAAUCUACCUACCGAAAUGCUCCUUGGGUGCUUCAUGAUAAACUUGCACAAAGCCAUGGGGUCUCCAAAAGUGUUCCACAGAACUUAAAGGGCAAAAUUUUCUUCAAGGAUGGAUUACUAGUUUGCAAGAAAAGAAAGGAAAUGGGGGAGGAAGCACAAGAUGAACCAGGAAAUUUUAAAAAGAAAAAGUCUGAUGGUUCAGAAAUUGAUCAACCAGCAGAAGAAUCUAUUAAGUAUCCAAUUGAUGACCUCUUGGUGCAGCCACAUCCAGAUGAUCCAAUUUUUACAGAUCGCCCGUCUCCAUCGAGGGACUUUAAUGUUCCAAUGGAAUGUGUUGGUGAUCUUUUAAUGGUUUGGGAUUUUGUUUCAUCUUUUGGAAGGCUAUUGCACUUAUGGCCAUUUUCUCUUGAAGAUUUUGAAAAAGCUAUCUGCCACAAGAUGGGCAAUUUGACACUUCUUUUUGAAACUCAUGCCGCUCUUCUUCGGGUGCUCAUAAAUGACAAUGGUGAACAUGUUAUAGCUGUACAGAAGCGAUGGCCAAAGAUUACAUUAGUCACUUGGACAGACUGUCUGUGGAAUUUCUUAGAAUUGGUGAAGAUUCCUGAAUUACGUGAGCACACAGCAACUAUCAAGCGGGGCCACUAUGGCCUUUUAGACGCUAAUGCUAAAUUGGCAAUCUUCCGAGAAUUGAUUAAUCUAGCACUUGAAUCAAAUAUUAUUAGGGAGAAGUUGGAUGAAAUUGUUGAACAGAGGCAAGCACUUGGAGCCUCAAGGAGAGAGGAAGCAUUGGAGGAAGCCAGAAAGAAACGAGAAAAGAAAGAGCAGUUGAAGGCUGAGCUGGAUGUCAAUCGAGUAGUCGAUCUCAAGAGUGCAGGAAAUGCUUCGGCAAACGGUAACCGUAUAAAGCAAAACGGAGAUAUAGUAAAGAAAAGAAAUGGUGAGAUCUUGUCAAAUAGGGAGGAUCAUGAAUCGGAUAAAAGUGAGAACAAGCAAUUGGACACCGUGUCAAAGCAGAAUGGGGUGGGGAAAGCUCCAAUAAACAAUGGGAAAGAUUUAUCUGACAAGGAAGCGAUGAAACUGCCAAGGGAUGAUGGAAAGGAAGUCAGGGGAAAGAGUAGCAAAGAACGGAGAGAAUAUUAUGAGCGGGAGAUGGAGAAGCUAUUUGUACGCACUGACUCCUUGGGUAAAGACAGAAAUCAUAACAGAUAUUGGUGGUUCCAGCGAGAUGGUAGAGUAUUUGUUGAGAGUUCCGAUUCCAAGCAGUGGGGAUACUAUUGUAGCAAAGAAGAGAUUAAUUUGUUGAUGGGGUCACUGAAUUGCAAGGGUGUGAGAGAGAGGGAGCUCAAACAGCAGCUGGAAAAAUUUCAUAGCAGAAUAAGCGUUGCUCUCGAAAAGAGAUCAAAGGACUUGGCUCAAAAGAUUGCAAUGGAGGAUGAGUCUGUGGUUCGAAGGUCUACUCGUGUGCGUGCUCCACCAAGCAAAAACCCUGCCAAUGCUUUCCUUGAGUACGUUAACAAGUGGAAGGAGGAAUAACUGGGCGUCUCGUUUUUGCGUUGAAGAGGCUAAUGUUCCAAUUAGUUUAGACUAUUGGCUCCUGUACCUCUCCACAUUUAACUUGGCAUUAGGUCAAAUUAGAGUAGGAUUUUUCAAUGGACUCCAAUACUUCCUUGAUAUAUGUCUUGGAAAAUGUUUGGAGUCCAGGGCCGAGGAAGUGAGGACAUAAACGUAGGAGAAGAAUAGGGAAUGAGCAGGCAUGUAUUUGUGCUUUGCCAUUCAAUUUUUUGUAAAUGAUCUUGGUUC